AUGGCACAUACAAAAUCGUUGGAGGCUUUAGACAGAACCUUAAAAGAUAUACGGGGCAAUCAUAACCUAUUUGGCGGUGCAAUGAUUUUAUUAGCAGGAGAUUUUCGGCAAACAUUGCCAGUGAUUCCACGAUCAACGCCAGCUGAUGAACUUAAUGCAUGUCUAAAAUCAUCCAAUUUGUGGAAACAUGUCAAAAUACUUCAUUUAAGCAAGAAUAUGCGUGUCGAGUUGCAAAACGAUCAAUCUGGAAACAUAUUCUCUAAACAACUCAUAGACAUUGGUAAUGGCAAAUUUCAUGUAGACAUGUUGACGGGUUGCAUUAACUUUCCUCGAAGUUUUUGUCAGUUAACUCGAUCAAAAGAUGAACUUAUUCAAAAGGUGUAUCCAGAUAUUGCUCGCAAUUACAGAAACCAUGAUUGGUUUAGCGAACGAGCUAUAUUGGCUGCAAAAAACAUAGAUGUAAAUGAAUUAAAUUUAAAAAUUCAAGAACAAAUUACAGGUGAAUCGAGGAUAUAUAAAUCAGUUGAUUCGGCAACUACCCAAGAUGAUGUAGUCAACUAUCCACCGGAAUUUUUAAACUCGCUGGAUUUACCAGGAUUGCCACCUCAAAAUCUUAAAUUAAAGGUUGGAUCGGUUGUUAUAAUGUUGCGAAAUAUCAACCAACCGCGUCUGUGGAACAGCACACGGUUAGCGAUAAAAAAAUUACUGAACAACGUGAUAGAAGCAACUAUACUGAAAGGAAAGUUUAAAGGAGAGGAUGUUCUCAUACUGUGCAUCCCAAUGAUUCCGACUGAUGUGCCAUUUGAGUUUAAACGCCUACAGUUUCCAGUGCGGCUUGCUUUUGCUAUGACCAUAAACAAGUCCCAGGGGCAAUCAUUAAGUGUUUGUGGUAUUAAUUUGGAAAACCUAUGUUUCUCACAUGGUCAAUUAUAUGUUGCCUGUUCCCGUGUUGGGAAACCAUCAGAUUUGUUUGUCUAUGCGCCAGGUGAUCAAACAAAAAACAUCGUAUACCACAAAGCACUACAAUGA